AUGCAUCUCUCACAUAUCUUGAGCGUUCCGAUGGUGGCGCUGCUUGUGGCGGCUCGCACGCCUCGAUACGCAGCCCCACUGAAGCGCGAUCUGCUAGAGUCUCGUCAGUCGGGAGCUAGCACGCGCAACGAUCCACGUCCACAAAAGGGCAAUAUCCCGUACGGUGGUGCUGGUAUUCGCACAUGUACCCAAACUGGCACUGUCGCUCUCACAUUCGACGAUGGUCCCAACAUCUACACUGGCCAGGUCCUUGACAGCCUGGCACAGUACGGCUUCAAGGGCACAUUCUUCGUUAGCGGAGACAAUGGUCGUGGCGCUCUCGAUGGUGACUCUAGGUGGGUCAACCUCAUUCAAAGAAUGGAUGGCGAGGGCCACCAGGUCGCCAGUCACACCUGGAGACAUCCGUACCUGGAUCAGAUCUCAGAAGAUCAACGUUACGAAGAGAUGGUCCUGACAGAAAUGGCUAUCCGAAACAUCCUUGGUAAAUACCCAACGUACAUGCGCCCACCAUAUACCGAGUGCUUCGAAUCCUGCCAAAGAGUCAUGAAGAAUCUCGGAUACGUCAUUGCGAAUUACGACGUCGACAGUAAUGACUGGAGGUACCAGGAUAACAUCCAGCAAGCCAAAGAUACCUUCAAGAACUUGAUUGAUCAAACUGGCGGUCCUCGAUCUGGUCACCCCAUUGUCCUUGCCCACGAUAUCCAUGAGCAAACAGCCUCCUCUUUGGUGCCAUACAUGCUUCAGUACCUCAAAAGCCAGGGCUGGAGGGGUGUCACCUUGGGCGAAUGCCUUGGAGAACCGAAAGAGAAUUGGUACCGUGCUAGUUCAGGUUCGCUCCCUCCCAGCGGCUGCUCUGGAUCUAGUUGUACGCCCUCCACCAACGGCCUCUGCGGAAGUGCGGCUGCAAUGACUUGCACUGGAUCUGUAUUUGGCAACUGCUGUUCGCGAUUCGGAUACUGCGGAAGUAGUGCCGACUACUGUGGCUCCAACUGUGAUCCUGCGUACGGCACUUGCGGUAGCGGAUCGACUCCAACUCCAACUACCAUUCGCACUAGUGCGGUUCCAACCUCAACCCGAGCUCCAACCCCAACUUCGAAGCCAAUCUCUGCCAAUGGUCUUUGUGGAGUACAAGGUGGCGAAACGUGUGCAGGCUCCGUUUGGGGAUCGUGCUGUUCGCAAUGGGGGUACUGCGGAACAGGAUCAGACUACUGUGGAGCGAAUUGUAACAAGGACUUUGGUAGUUGUUCUUAG